AUGAUCAGGGAUAAAAAACGGUUUUAUAUAUAUAUUGCAGAUGGACCUAUAGGGCGGGCUGGCCUAUCAGAAGAAGACGUGCGCAGCACAGGGGCUGCAUGCAACUGGCCAAUUGGUCAUCAAAAUGAUGGUGUGACAACUGCACAGCUGUCUCUGCAAAGUGUGCGUCUGCAUAAAGAAAGCCGGAGUGCUGUCUGGCCUUGUGUGUGCAGAGCCAGAAAGGCUGGCAGUGUAGUCGCCUUUGUUUUUUGCUUAAUUUCCUGUGUGAGCGCUGCUUCCAGCGCGCGGAGAGAAUGGUUUGGCGCACUAAACAGCUUUCUGCGGCGCGGCUGUUUCCAGCCUGCAAAGGGCCCGAAAUACGUCUUUUGCAAGAUUUGCAGAAAUAAACAUAAAAAACAAAGGACACUUCUAGAGCUUCCUCCCUUUGAAAGUUUCUUUUCGAAAUUUGCAAAUAAAACAAAAAUCCUCGAUCUGGCAUCCUAUAUUCUGUUUCCUCGCAAACAGCCUGUCUUCAUUCUCUACCUGUGCGUGAUUUCUUCAAGUCCUCUGCCGCCAUCCGCAGAGGUGCUUUCUGCGUUCUGUUAUUCUUGCGCGGGUGUGUGGGUGCGGAAACCAAACAGUCCGGCCGGCGGCGCUUGUUGA